CUGAAAAGAGCGCUUUGUGCAGAGGCUGCCCCCAGGCCAGGUCUUAUCUGGCUCAGCGGGGAGGAUGUGGUCAGUGCUGGGAGGCUUUGUUGAUGGGUUGACUGGUGCUGGUGUUGGGGCUGUGUGGGAUGGUGGUCAUUGUUCCUGUGAGCCCAGGGUAGAAAACGUCUGGUGUUAUGCAGAGAGCCCGCUCCUGUUGGGGGGGUAUAAUAAGAGCGAGGGUCCCCCGAGCGUUGCAGAGUCAGUUCUGUGAAGUUCUCCCAAACUGCGAGGACUCUGCUGCGUGACGACCGACCUCGAUCUCUGAUGGAGACUCAGUCUGACUUGGAGGUGAUCUUAGAGUUCCUGGAGGAGUACUACAGACAAAGCACCGGAGAACAUGAGGACAAGGUGUACUGCACUGCGGCUGUGGACGAAAGAAGUGCACCUGUGGAUGAUGGAGCGUCAUGCGAGCGGCGAUGGACGUACUGCGAGCCACCGCCUGAACCGCAGCCAUUCCUGGCACACGACGCCCCGCCAGCCCGCUGCCAAUACACAACAGCAACACUAUCUGAGUCACUGCCAAACUGUGUAUCAACAAGACAAGCAUCCAAACACCAGGCCGCAGCGGCGGGGAGUGGUAGAAAGGUGCGACUCUUUCACUUUCUCUUCGAGAUGCUGGAGGAUCCAAACAUGGCCCACUGCGUGUCCUGGGUGCCGGCGGCCGCCGGCGUCUUCCGGUUCUCCUCCCGGAACAAGGACCAGGUGGCGGCACUGUGGGGCCAGAGGAAGGGCAACAAGAGGCCCAUGACCUACCAGAAGAUGUCCCGGGCCCUCAGGAACUACGCCAGGUCCGGGGAGAUCUUCAAGGUGAAGAAGAAGCUCACCUACCAGUUCAGCCAAGACACCCUGAUGCUCCUGCGGAGAUGUGUAAUAUAAAAUUGAUUUUGUGUUGCUCGUAUCAUGCUCGUAUAAGACUAUGACGUGCUCUGUUUUUAAUGUCUAAACUUUAAAUUCCUCAUUUUUUCCAAUAUUAGUUUGAACAAUUGCUUUGUUGCCUCGACAGUUUCUAAUGUAAAUAAUACAAAAUAAAUAAAGAAAAGAUAUUUUUACUUCA